AAUUGUAUCAAACCAUCCAACAAUCACCUCUUUUUUCCCUUCUUGUGACUUUCUUUCCUCUACUUUUCUUUCGGAAACCAAACAGUAUCACUCCUUCUUCAAUUAAUCCCUCUCUCGUUCUUCCUAAUUUCUUUCUUCGUCUAUCCCUUCCGUCUAAUCACCACCUUCUUCUCCAGCGUUGCAACAAUCGCUAACUGACCAGUUCACUCCAGAUCUGUAAAAUUGCUACUCGCACCGAACAUGGUUUCAUUUCCCACCUCCCCCUCUUUCUUCAAAUCUCAAUUCUUCAACACAAAACUAACAUCUUCAAACCCUUGAACAAUUCGAUUAACCGAUAACCCUAACAAAAUGUUACCGAAAAGAAAACCACAUUACAAAUUCCCACUCAUUCCCGUUUCCCUCAUCGUUACAUUAAUUUCCUUCAUUUUUCUCUAUUACUAUUAUACCAAACGCGAUUCUCAUUUCGCCGAAUUCUCACAAACUUUAAAAACAUCACAUACACUUCAAUGUUCAUCUCAAGCACUUGCAUUAAGCGAGAAAUUCAUGUGGUAUGCGCCUCACAGUGGCUUCAGUAAUCAGUUUUUGGAAUUUAAAAAUGCUGUUUCGAUCGCAGGGAUACUUAAUCGAACUUUGGUUGUUCCUCCUAUUUUGGAUCACCAUGCUGUUGCUUUAGGUAGUUGUCCUAAGUUUAGGGUUAUCGAACCUAAGGAUAUUCGUAUUUCUGUUUGGGAUCAUGUGGUUGAGCUCGUUCGCAGCGGAAGGUAUAUAUCCAUUGCUGAAAUUAUAGAUAUCUCAUCUUUAGUUUCUUCUAGUCUUGUCCGAGUUAUUGAUCUUAGGGAUUUUGUGUCAAUAUGGUGUGGCAUCAGCUUAGAUUUUGCUUGUUUAAAUGAUUUGAAGUCACAGUCCCCUGUUUCUAAAAGCUUAAAGCAAUGUGGAUCCCUGCUAGCAGGGCUUCAUGGGAAUAUUGAAAACUGUAUAUAUGGUGUCGAUGAAGAUUGCAGAACUACGGUGUGGACUUAUCAUGUAGAUGGUCAUGAAGACGGUGUGUUGGAUUCAUUCCAACCCGAUGAACAGUUGAAGCAGAAAAAGAAAAUAUCGUAUGUUAGGAGACGGAAGGAUGUAUUUAGGACGCUUGGACCUGGUUCUGAUGUUGAAUCAGCUUCAAUGCUAGCAUUUGGAAGCCUUUUCUCUGCCCCAUAUAAAGGUUCUGAGUCAUAUCUUGAUAUUCAUGAAUCUCAUCAGGACCAGAGGUUUCUAUCUUUGAUGGAGAAGAUUAAAUUUCUUCCAUUUGUCCCAGAAAUUAUGAUUGCCGGGAAUGAGUUUGCUAAAGAAACCAUAAAAGCUCCAUUUCUUUGUGCACAGCUUAGGUUGCUGGAUGGGCAGUUUAAGAAUCAUCAUAAGGCUACAUUUCAUGGGUUACGGCAAAAAUUAGAAUCUUUGAGGCAGCAAGGUCCUCUACCCGUACAUAUUUUUGUAAUGACUGAUCUUCCCAGAGAUAAUUGGACUGAUACUUAUUUAGGUGAUUUAGUUAGUGAUGCACAUAACUAUAAGGUGAAUUUCUUAAGAGAGGAUGAUCAGCUGGUUAUGCAAGCAGCCAAAAAACUCACCGCAGCUGGCUAUGGACAGAGGUUUAUUCCCAAUUCAGAAUCUAGAAUUGGUAAAAAGUAUUGUUCCAAUCAGAGAUUACCUGAUGUACUUCUUUAUGUUGAGCAGACUGUAUGCAGUUGUGCAUCUCUUGGUUUUAUCGGAACUCCUGGAUCAACCAUUGCUGAGAACAUAGAACUAAUGAGAAAAUUUGGCACUUGUUCUAGGGGAAGUUGACAACUAUAUGGAAAAUCCAUUUUUAUCGUAAGGUACUAAAUGCUAUAUGGAGAGCUAGUUCAAUUAUGCUGUCCCACAAAAUGAUUGCACAAGCCAAGUUUUUACGAUUAAUCAGAUAUGCCAAACCAUAGUCAUUUGUUAAGAGACACUAUGCAGUCAAGGCCAUUACUCUUUAGAUACAAAAAUCUACUAUGGUUAUUUGAUUCCAGAAAAAUGGCUGUUCUUAUCUCAUGAUUGAAAGACAUUAUUUGUCCAACUGAAAGUUAUUUUCUUCGCAGUAAAGAAGCACUUUCACAGAGCACAUCAAAAUAGCUUUUUUUGGCUCUAAAAUUGAAAUUCUUAACCUUUUCAAGUAAAAUGAGAUGUAUUAGCAAAUUUGUAUGAAGUAGACUUUUCUUGCCUAUGUGUAAAAUCUGUUGUUGCUUCAAUUACAACUUUACCCUCACAGAAAACAUGGCAUUGACUCCUUUCACUAUAAAUCCACUCAAUGGAGCCCAGCUCUUGAUUCCCUCCUUUUA